UGAGUGUGUGACAAGCUGCCUGUCUGUUGUUUGGAAGGGGCUCUGGUUUUUGAUUCAACGCAGCUACGCUCCACCGUCAGCAACAAAUAUGCCCAUCAAAUACCUGAUUCUGCUGUCAAGGCAGGGCAAAGUGCGCCUUGCCAAAUGGUUCACCACCCUGUCGCCCAAGGACAAGGCGAAGAUUAUCAAGGACGUAUCGCAGCUAGUCCUCGCCCGUCGCACGCGCAUGUGCAACUUCCUCGAGUACAAAGAUUCAAAAGUUGUCUACCGCCGCUACGCUUCCCUCUUCUUCAUCGCCGGCUGCGCCUCCGACGACAAUGAGCUCAUCACCCUAGAGAUUGUCCAUCGCUAUGUCGAGCAGAUGGAUAAAUACUAUGGCAACGUCUGCGAACUCGAUAUCAUCUUCAACUUCCAAAAAGCAUACUUCAUCCUGGACGAGCUUCUGCUAGCCGGAGAGAUGCAAGAAAGCAGCAAAAAGAAUGUGCUCAGGUGUAUUGGCCAACAAGACAGUCUGGAGGACAUGGAGGUCGAAGACGAAGCUGUCACGCGCAUCAUGUAGAGGCGGUCUUUCAACAACGCCGUCGUCUUUAUGCCUGCUUUCUCCAUCCUCACAGCACUCGCAGCAUUUCAAGGCGUUACAUCGGUACAGGAGUUACUUUGUUUUGUGAUUUACUUUUGGACAACGAUACCACAACUUGUGCACUACUAGCAAUUCAAAUGAGUGUCCCUCGCCUUAGGCAGGGCUUCCGGGUCUUAGACCUGCUGCUCAAUUAUAAUGACCAUCCAACGAUGCCCUUUUUGGUUCAGGCUCUUGGUGUGACUCUGCUGCAUUUGCUCUUGCUACUGUCCUUGUUCUCUUCUCGUCCCCCUGGUCUGGUGUCGUCGCAUCCGACAUGAUGACUGUCUUGCUUCGUUGACACACUCUUGUGGUACAUUGACCUUGACUCUUUUUAGGCUAGGUCCCGACUCAGAGCCUCGCUCUCUGCGACAAAGUACCCAUCAAC